AUGGGAAGGUCUCCUUGCUGUGAGAAAGCUCAUACCAACAAAGGAGCAUGGACCAAAGAAGAAGAUGAUCGGCUCAUCGCAUAUAUCCGAGCUCAUGGUGAAGGCUGCUGGCGGUCACUUCCGAAGGCCGCCGGCCUUCUCCGGUGCGGCAAGAGUUGUCGGCUCCGAUGGAUUAACUACUUGAGGCCUGACCUCAAACGUGGGAAUUUUACAGAAGAAGAAGAUGAACUCAUAAUCAAACUGCAUAGUCUCCUUGGUAACAAGUGGUCUCUAAUAGCUGGAAGAUUACCAGGAAGAACAGACAAUGAGAUAAAGAAUUAUUGGAACACCCACAUAAGAAGAAAGCUUCUUAGCCGUGGCAUCGAUCCAUCGACUCACCGGCCAAUCAACGAGCCUGCGCAGGAAGUGACAACCAUAUCUUUUUCAAGUGCUGCUGUUAAAGUAGAAGAGAAAAUAACUAGUGGUUUUGUAAUCAAAGAAGAGAAGAGCCCGGUUCGCGAACGGUGUCCGGACUUGAACCUUGAUCUGAGAAUUAGUCCUCCUUAUCACCACCAAUCUGAGCCAUUGAAGACCGGAGGGAGGACUAGCAGUAUAUGUUUUGCUUGCAGUUUGGGAAUACAAAAUAGUAAAGACUGCAAUUGUAGCAAUGGUACAAGUAGCAGUGGCACUGGUUAUGAUUUCUUAGGGUUGAAAAAUGGUGUUUUAGAUUACAGAAGCUUGGAGAUGAAAUGA